AUGGCGGGGUCCAAUAACACAGCCGAAGUGUCUUUUAUUUAUCAGCAAAUCUUUAUUCAAGCUAUGGAUGCUGGGCCCAAUACUAAAAUAUCAGUGAUUAUAUUAAUAUCCCUGUUUUUCUUUUUUGUAAACUGUGUGAUGCUCUUUGCUCUAGGAAGCAAGCACAUAUUCCAGGAGACACCGCGCUACAUUCUUUUUGGCCACAUGCUUAUGAAUGACUCUGUGCUUUUGCUUCUCACAACUACCAUGUACACUAUGGGAGCGUAUUACCUUCAAGUAACCAGAGCUCUCUGCACUCUUUUAGUUGUUAUCUCUUACUGCACUUUCCGUAACGGUCCUCUGACUCUAGCACUGAUGUCUCUGGAGCGGUAUGUGGCGAUCUGCUUCCCUCUGAGACACUGCAACAUUGCCACACCAAAAAGGACUGGAAUCGCCAUAGGAAUCAUCUGGUUCCUUAGUUUUAUAAAUAUAAUGACAGACACUGUUUUUGUUUUAAUUGUCAACCCCAGUUUAUUUCUAGAUGUUUUUUACUGCACACAAGAGAGAUUAUUUCUAUACAAAUGGCAGCUGGAUAAAACUCAAGGGUUUGAUGUUCUGUAUUUUGUGUCGGUUGCAGUGAUCAUUAUUUUCACAUACAUUAGCAUUUUGAUCACAGCCAGGUCUGUUUCCUCUGAUAAAGAUUCAGCUAAAAAAGCCCUCCGAACGGUGCUAUUGCACUUGAUUCAACUGGGACUGUGUCUCACCUCUUUCCUCUAUGCCACGAUAAACAAAGCACUGUACAUGGUGACUGACAGCUCUUCUCUCUUCAUAAAUCUCAGAUAUCUAAAUUUUCUUAUUGUUCUUAUGCUGCCGCGCUGCUUGAGUCCUCUGAUAUAUGGUAUGAGAGAUGAAGCGGUGUGGCCCUUGUUCAAAUAUUAUUUCUGCUAUCGUUCAGGCAAAAUAAGGCCCUCUAUUAAUGUACAUUAACUGUAUGGUAUGAUAUGAUUUGAAAUAAUUUAACGUGCAAUAAUAAUUUUAGCUUACAAGUAUGUUUCAUUAUGAUUAAUGCCAUAUUUAAACAUGUUUGUCUGAAAAGGAUAAGGGAACCAUAUACUUUAACAUUAAAUUACAUGGUUCAAUUAUUUAAAAUGAAUAUAAAUGUAUUUUUUUUUCCUGUUCUAAUAUAUAUGAUGAUUUUUAAGUGGUUUUUACAUGUCUUGCUGCUGAAAGAACACAUCCUCUGUUCAUUUUUAACAACAAGCUUUUAUAAAAAUAUUUAUUAUAUAUGCAGACAGCUUGUAUUAUGCACAUAUACACUUUGGACUUAAAUGUGUGUGAAAUAAAGCAAUGUAUUGAAUUAUUAACAGUAUAAAAAGUUUAACAUUUGUCAAUAGAGUUUAUCUUUAGUAUAAGCUAAAUGCA